UUGGAUUUAUCUAUCGAUAUUUCGGUAAUUUUCAUGUUAAAGCUUUUCUCACGACUUCUGAAUACUGUAUUGGACAUUUCAGCGUGCAUUGCCAUUCAGCAUUACAAGACAAUACAAAAAAUCGAACACACAGGAUAGUUGUUCACGAUUCUGACGACCAGAAUAUUGGCGAGAGACAAUUAUAAUCAGUACCGAUUUAAACAACGUCGGAGUCAUACCUUAUACUAAAGGAAUAAACAACUUUAUCUGCAUUUACUCUUCCGUGUACAUAGGAUCUGAAACUGUGUAGGAUUGUUGUAGAAACUUGGAUUAAUUUAUCUUACCUUGUGGGACUGUAGAGCAAUUUCACACGCGCAUAUUUCACAAUGGACGCCGAGGAAUUUCGCAGAAGGGGUAAAGAGAUGAUAGACUAUGUGGCUGACUAUCUCGAAAAUAUCCGUGAUCGCCGGGUAUUUCCGGAAGUACAACCAGGUUAUAUCCGGGACCUUAUCCCUGACCACGCACCCGAAUCCGGAGAACGCUGGGAAGACGUUUUUAAAGAUAUAGAAAGAGUUAUAAUGCCCGGGGUUACCCAUUGGCAUUCGCCGCAGUUCCAUGCAUAUUAUCCAACUGCCAACUCAUACCCGGCUAUAGUUGCUGAUAUUUUAUCUGACUCCAUCGGAUGUAUCGGGUUUACUUGGGCUUCAAGUCCAGCAUGUACCGAGUUAGAGGUUGUCGUUCUUGACUGGCUGGGAAAAAUGCUCAAUUUACCGGAGGAGUUUCUCUCUGGAUCAGGAGGGGGCGGAGGCGGCGUUAUUCAGAGCACAGCAAGUGAGGCGACGCUGGUUGCUCUGCUGUCAGCACGUGCACGGGAAAUCUUCAACUACAAAAAGAAACAUCCUGAUCAGCACCUAGAAGAUGGUGAAAUAAUGGCCAAGUUUGUUGCAUAUUGCUCUGAUCAGUCUCAUUCCUCUGUUGAGCGAGCAGGUUUAAUAGCUUCUGUAAAGAUGAGACAUCUCUCAACGGAUGGGGAGCAUUCACUAAGGGGACAUACACUUCAAGAGGCAGUCAGUAAAGACAGAGCCCAAGGACUUAUACCAGUAUUUGUAUGUGCCACACUGGGAACAACAAAUUCGUGUGCCUUUGAUAACACACUGGAACUAGGGACAGUUUGUGAGAAGGAAGGUCUAUGGAUGCAUAUUGACGCGGCCUAUGCUGGCAGUGCCUUCAUCUGUCCAGAAUUUAGACCCUUGUUAGACGGUGUACAGUUUGCAGAAUCAUUCAACUUCAAUCCACAUAAAUGGCUGAAUGUGAACUUUGACUGUUCAGCUAUGUGGGUAAAGAAUAGUGACUUGAUAAGUGAAGCUUUCAACGUAGACCCAUUGUACCUGAAACAUGAAAAUCAAGGAAAAAUGCCAGAUUAUAGGCAUUGGCAUAUACCACUUGGGCGACGCUUUAGGUCAUUAAAAUUAUGGUUUGUUUUGAGGAUGUAUGGGCACAAAGGUCUUCAGGAAUACAUAAGAAAAGACGUUAAACUUGCGCAUGAAUUUGAAGACCUUGUUGGGACAGAUGACCGGUUUGAAAUAUUUGCAAAGGUUGUGAUGGGUCUAGUUUGUUUUAGGCUGAAGAAAUCUAACGAGGUGAAUGAACGAUUGUUGAAGGCAAUAAACACAGACGGACGUAUACAUAUGGUGCCAUCUAAGGUUAAAGACACAUAUUUUCUACGUUUGGCAGUUUGUGCCUCUCGGACAAAUUCUGACGACAUGAAAUUUGCAUGGAAGGUUAUACAGGAAGUGACGUCAAAAGUUUUAAAUGAAGAAAAGUAGACGAAAAUCAGACAGAUAUCAUUGCUGACUAUAAUACCAUACAUGUUGUAAACUGUGGAAACAAAUAUGAUUAACUGAUAAUCGUAUACUUUUAUUGAAAAGUAAGUUUUGGCAGAAUGAUACUAUUCAAUUUUAUUAAGGUAACGUUUGUAGAUCUACUUAUUUUGCACAUUAGUAUGUCAACAAAAUGAGAGUGAUGAUUGCAAUCGGCCUCUAUGCCAUUUACAAUUGUUUAACUUAUAACUUGAGAAUAUAUUGUAUUAACCUUUAGCUUUCUGGAGGUAAGGGACCAGUGCAGACCAAGAUCACCCUGCACGAUCGUGCUGGCUGACCAUGGUCUGCAUUGUCCGCUAUACAGUCAGUAAAUUUUCAGAGAACACCCCUUCCAUUAAUAAAUGGUAUUGUCCAGAUUGAAUGAUGGAUCAGUCUUUAUUUUAAAUGUUUUGUUCGAUUUGAAGUAUAAUCGAAUUCGAUCCAUUUUGUUACUUUAAUAUGUGAACAUCAUGUUUCAUUAGCUGUUUUGUCUCAGAAUGUUCGAAACUAAAUGUGUGUAUUCGAUAUAUGAUUCUGGUUUUAAGUAAGAAGUAAUUAUUGUCCCUAAAUUUUACUGAAUGGCAUAAUAUAGGAACACAUUUAUUAGUUCGAUUCGAACAACGCACAGAUUUUGCACUUAGGGCUGAGUUAUACUUAUGCAUCCGGUCCAAUGGCUGUUACAGUUUACAUGCAGAUGGGAAAGCAUCGUAUACAGGGAUUUUGAGGUGUAUUAGUAAACUAUUAAUCUAACAACUAAGAAACUAGCUCUACUUGCAAAUAGAAUUAUCAAGUCAAACAAUUCAGAUUUUGUUAAUUGACACAAUGUUAAUACCAUAAAUUAUGUAUGACAUCACAUAAGUUAUGGCGUCAUAUAUUUAUGACAUCACUACUGAAUCAAACCUGAGCAAUAUUUUGCAAUAUUUUUCGCUCACGCACAUGAAGCAAUAGAACUUUAUCAAAAUUAUGUGGCCAUGUUUUUGAAAUUUUGUUCACUACAGUUUGUCACUUAAAUAGUUCGUGUAUGUUAGAUAUAUAAUGGAAUAUAAUCAGAACCUCUAGGAUACACUCCUAGGGGGUAAAAUGUAACUGCCAAAUAGUGUUUUAUAUGUGUUUGUAUAGAAUAUGUUACUGAUUGUGUUGGACUAUAUAUUAAAAUAAUAAAAUGUAAUAAACAGA